AUGGCUUGCAUCGAGCAUGCAUGGCCUCGUUAUAGCCAAGAGGACGCGCAGAUAUACGAAGUUGAAGAUGUGGUCCUCUCCGGCGUCGCGGUCGACACGGCACAGGCGGGAUACUCGGGGACGGGGUACGUAGGCGGUUUUGACGACGCGGCCGACACCAUCACAUUCAACAUCGACAAUGACAGCGUGCAGCUCUACGAUCUCAGCAUCCGUUACGCGGGGAUAUACGGCGCCAAAGUCACCACUGUCGUCCUCAACGGGGGUGCGAGGACGGACAUGUCUCUCGACGAGACGACUGAUUUCACUACUGCGUCCGGAGGGCAGAUAUUGCUUGAGGAAGGCGCCAAUACAAUCGACAUUGUGAGCAAUUGGGGAUAUUAUCUGAUUGAUUAUAUCGCCGUAUCCCCCUCGGCGCCACGGCCAGCUCACAACAUAACCCCCACGCUGAGCAAUCCCAACGCGAACGCGACCGCGACCGCGCUGUACGAGUACCUCAUUUCCAUCUACGGCAAGAAUAUCCUCUCGGGUCAGCAAGAUGCCACCUGGGCGGAUUGGGUGACGCAGCAAGUGGGCAAGACGCUGGCGGUGUUGGGUGUAGACCUGAUCGACUACAGCCCGUCGCGCGUCGAGCACGGCAGCACGAGCACGGCGGUCGAAGACGCCAUCGCCCACGCCGAGAAGGGCGGCAUCGUGACGGUGGUGUGGCACUGGAAUGCGCCCGCGGGCCUCUACGACACGGACGAGGAGCCCUGGUGGAGCGGCUUCUACACCGUCGCCACCGACUUCGACGUCGCGGCCGCCCUGAGCGACACCACGAACGCCAACUACACGCUUCUCAUCAGGGACAUCGACGCCAUCGCCGGCGCGUGGUUCUGGUGGGGUGCCAAGGGUGCUGAGCCCUGCAAGCAGCUUUGGAAUCUGGUCUAUGACCGCUGGACCAACUUCCACGGUAUCAACAACCUUGUCUGGGUGUGCAACUCGGUUGGGCCUGAGUCGUAUCCCGGAGAUGAGGUGACGGACAUACUGUCGACGGACGUAUACGCGACAGGCAAUGGCCCCAUGUCCGCGCAAUACAACUCGCUAAUUGACCUGGGCAACGACACGAAGCUGAUCGCUGCGGCCGAAGUUGGCUCAGUACCCCUUCCUGAACAGCUUCAGGCCUAUGAGGCUGAUUGGGUGUGGUUUUGUACCUGGGGCGACACCUUUAUCAACAACGAGGAGUACAGCGCUAUCGAUGUGUUGACAGUAGUAAGCCGGCCAGCUUUUCGAUUUUGA